AAACGCUAAUGGACUCCACGACAGCGACGGCUGAGCUGGGCUGGAUGGUGCAUCCUCCAUCAGGGUGGGAAGAGGUGAGUGGCUACAAUGAGAACAUGAACACGAUCCGCACGUACCAGGUGUGCAACGUGUUUGAGCCAAGCCAGAACAACUGGCUGCGGACCAAGUUCAUCCGGCGCCGCGGCGCCCACCGCAUCCAUGUGGAGAUGAAGUUCUCUGUGCGUGACUGCAGCAGCAUCCCCAGUGUGCCCGGUUCCUGCAAGGAGACCUUCAACCUCUACUACUACGAGGCCGACUUUGACUCAGCCACCAAGACCUUCCCCAACUGGAUGGAGAACCCCUGGGUGAAGGUGGACACCAUCGCGGCUGACGAGAGCUUCUCCCAGGUGGACCUGGGCGGCCGGGUCAUGAAGAUCAACACCGAGGUGCGCAGCUUUGGGCCCGUGUCCCGCAGCGGCUUCUAUCUGGCCUUCCAGGACUAUGGCGGCUGCAUGUCCCUCAUUGCCGUGCGUGUCUUCUACCGCAAGUGCCCCCGCGUCAUCCAGAACGGUGCCAUCUUCCAGGAGACGCUGUCGGGGGCCGAGAGCACGUCGCUGGUGGCUGCCCGGGGCAGUUGCAUCGCCAAUGCCGAGGAGGUGGACGUGCCCAUCAAGCUGUACUGUAACGGAGAUGGCGAGUGGCUGGUGCCCAUCGGGCGCUGCAUGUGCAAAGCGGGCUUUGAGGCCGUGGAGAAUGGCACCGUCUGCCGAGGUUGUCCAUCAGGAACCUUCAAGGCCAACCAAGGGGACGAGGCCUGCACCCACUGUCCCAUCAACAGCCGGACCACUUCCGAAGGGGCCAUCAACUGUGUCUGCCGCAACGGCUACUACAGAGCCGACCUGGACCCCCUGGACAUGCCCUGCACGACUCCGUCUGCUGUGUCCAUCAUGCACCAGGUGAGCCGCACCGUGGACAGCAUCACCCUGUCGUGGUCCCAGCCGGACCAGCCCAAUGGCGUAAUCCUGGACUACGAGCUGCAAUACUACGAGAAGGAGCUCAGUGAGUACAACGCCACAGCCAUCAAAAGCCCCACCAACACGGUCACCGUGCAGGGUCUCAAAGCCGGCGCCAUCUAUGUGUUCCAGGUGCGGGCACGCACCGUGGCAGGCUACGGGCGCUACAGCGGCAAAAUGUACUUCCAGACCAUGACAGAAGCUGAGUACCAGACGAGCAUCCAGGAAAAGCUGCCCCUCAUCAUUGGCUCCUCGGCCGCCGGCCUGGUCUUCCUCAUCGCCGUGGUUGUCAUCGCCCUCGUGUGUAACAGAAGACGGGGGUUUGAGCGUGCCGACUCGGAGUACACCGACAAGCUGCAGCACUACACCAGUGGCCACAUGACCCCAGGCAUGAAAAUCUACAUCGACCCCUUCACCUAUGAGGACCCCAAUGAGGCAGUGCGGGAGUUUGCCAAGGAAAUUGACAUCUCCUGUGUUAAAAUUGAGCAGGUGAUUGGAGCAGGGGAGUUUGGCGAGGUCUGCAGUGGCCACCUGAAGCUGCCAGGCAAGAGAGAGAUCUUUGUGGCCAUCAAGACACUCAAGUCGGGCUACACUGAGAAGCAGCGCAGGGACUUCCUGAGCGAGGCCUCCAUCAUGGGCCAGUUCGACCACCCCAACGUCAUUCACUUGGAGGGUGUCGUCACCAAAAGCACGCCUGUGAUGAUCAUCACCGAGUUCAUGGAGAACGGCUCCCUGGACUCCUUCCUCCGGCAAAAUGAUGGGCAGUUCACAGUCAUCCAACUGGUGGGCAUGCUCCGGGGCAUCGCGGCCGGCAUGAAGUACCUGGCAGACAUGAACUAUGUACACCGGGACCUGGCCGCCCGAAACAUCCUUGUCAACAGCAACCUGGUCUGCAAGGUGUCUGACUUCGGGCUCUCACGCUUUCUGGAGGACGAUACCUCAGACCCCACCUACACCAGCGCCCUGGGAGGGAAGAUCCCAAUACGUUGGACGGCCCCAGAAGCCAUCCAGUACCGGAAAUUCACCUCGGCCAGCGAUGUGUGGAGCUACGGUAUCGUCAUGUGGGAGGUCAUGUCCUACGGGGAGCGGCCCUACUGGGACAUGACCAACCAGGACGUAAUCAACGCCAUCGAGCAGGACUAACGGCUGCCGCCGCCCAUGGACUGCCCGAGCGCCCUGCACCAGCUCAUGCUGGACUGCUGGCAGAAGGACCGCAACCACCCGCCCAAGUUCGGCCAGAUCGUCAACACGCUGGACAAGAUGAUCCGCAACCCCAACAGC